CAUCCUUCCUUCACUCUCGCUUCGUCUCUCCUGCCAAGUGGAAGCACAGAAUUCAACUCCUCGUGCACAAAUACUUUUUUGUUUCCAGUUUUUGUUGAAAUUUUGAGAAACAUUCACCAACCAGACACAUUCAUUUGUGUCAAUAUGAGGGAAAUUGUACACAUUCAGGCUGGACAGUGCGGAAAUCAGAUUGGAGCAAAGUUCUGGGAAAUCAUCUCUGAUGAACAUGGAAUCGACCCCACCGGUGCCUAUCAUGGCGACUCUGAUCUACAACUAGAGCGGAUUAAUGUAUACUACAAUGAAGCUGGUGGUGGCAAGUACGUUCCUCGUGCUGUGCUUGUUGAUCUCGAACCAGGAACAAUGGACUCUGUCCGAUCUGGACCAUUUGGUCAAAUCUUCCGUCCCGAUAACUUUGUGUUUGGACAAUCUGGAGCUGGAAACAACUGGGCCAAGGGGCAUUACACGGAAGGGGCUGAGCUGGUCGAUUCUGUUCUUGAUGUCGUUAGAAAGGAAGCAGAAGGUUGUGAUUGCCUUCAAGGAUUUCAAAUGACGCAUUCGUUGGGCGGAGGCACUGGAUCUGGAAUGGGAACUCUUCUCAUUUCCAAAAUUCGUGAGGAAUACCCAGACAGAAUCAUGAACACUUACUCGGUCGUGCCUUCUCCAAAAGUGUCUGACACGGUUGUCGAGCCUUACAACGCCACCCUCUCCGUCCACCAAUUGGUUGAGAAUACCGAUGAAACCUACUGCAUCGACAAUGAGGCAUUGUACGACAUUUGUUUCAGGACUCUUAAACUAACCACACCCACUUAUGGAGAUCUGAACCAUCUCGUAUCCCUUACAAUGUCCGGUGUCACGACUUGUCUCCGAUUCCCUGGUCAACUAAACGCUGACUUGAGGAAAUUGGCCGUGAACAUGGUACCCUUCCCUCGUCUUCAUUUCUUCAUGCCAGGAUUUGCUCCACUCACGUCGCGAGGUUCUCAGUCAUACCGCGCUCUGACCGUCCCCGAACUCACCCAGCAAAUGUUUGACGCCAAGAACAUGAUGGCUGCCUGCGACCCUCGACAUGGGCGUUAUCUCACAGUGGCCGCCAUCUUCCGUGGUCGCAUGUCCAUGAAGGAGGUGGACGAGCAGAUGCUCAACAUUCAGAACAAGAACUCGUCUUACUUUGUGGAGUGGAUUCCCAACAACGUGAAGACGGCCGUUUGCGACAUUCCUCCCCGAGGACUCAAAAUGUCGGCCACUUUCAUCGGCAACUCGACCGCCAUCCAAGAGCUCUUCAAGCGCAUUUCGGAACAGUUUACUGCCAUGUUUAGACGCAAGGCUUUCUUGCAUUGGUACACUGGGGAGGGCAUGGACGAGAUGGAGUUCACCGAAGCAGAGUCCAACAUGAACGACUUGGUCUCCGAGUACCAGCAGUACCAGGAGGCCACCGCCGAUGAAGAGGGCGAUUUUGAUGAGGAAGCUGAGGGUGAUGCUGAGGAAAAUUAACCAAAGAAUUUUCAGCAACAGCAUCUUGACCAAACCAAGUCGAAAAUAUCACAAUCUGCAUCACCUUAUAGUCUGCCUUUAUGGAAUACCUGUCUGCCUCACUCGCAUAAUAUACUCUAGAUUUAAACGAAAUUUCGCUCUAUAUACCGACCAUGACUUUAUUUGAAGCGAAUUGAUUGAUUUUGCAUUUGUAUUAUUAGUGUUUGUAAUUGUAAAAGUCAUUUCAUGGAUUCUCUAAACAACGGAACUACUCAACUCAUAUCCGGUACAAUGUGACUAGCAAAGCAUUAAAAAUAUGUAUUUGUUGCCACCCAUGUUAAUUUAAUUUAAUGAUUAUGCUUUUUGAGUGACACUUUGUUGAUUAUAUGUCAUUCUUUUUUUGAAUUUUGUACCACUUUUCUCUUUAAUUUUGCAUUGCAAUAAAGCACAACACAAAAAUAA